CGACGCAUGCGCAGAUGACUAACUUCCUGCUUCCUGACAGCUGCACAACAACAACAGAAGACUUUUCGCUCUGUGCUCCGUGCGUGUUUCCCCGAUCUUUGAUUUCAGGUCAUAUCUGUGUCCGAGUCCACCUGUCUCACCUGUCCGUCUGUGUGUCUACAUGCGCGCUCCCGUGUGCGCGGCGCUGCUGGUGUGGGUGCUGACGGAUGCGGCGGCUCGUCAGUUCUCGGAGGAGGAGAUGGCUGCUGUCAGACAGCGCAUCAAAUCCAUGUUCUACCACGCCUACAACAGUUACCUUGACAACGCCUUCCCCUACGAUGAGCUCCGCCCUCUCACCUGCGAUGGACAGGACACGUGGGGCAGUUUCUCGCUCACUCUGAUUGACGCCCUCGACACUCUGCUGGUUUUGGGAAACCGUACGGAGUUCCAGCGAGUGGCGUCGAUCCUCCAAGACACCGUCGACUUCGACAUCGACGUCAACGCGUCCGUGUUUGAAACCAACAUCAGAGUUGUGGGUGGUCUGCUGUCAGCCCAUCUCUUGGCGAAGAGGGCGGGAAUGGAGCUGGAGCCCGGGUGGCCCUGCUCAGGACCGCUGCUGAGGAUGGCCGAGGACGCCGCCAGGAAGCUGCUGCCUGCGUUUGAGACUCCCACCGGCAUGCCGUACGGUACGGUGAACCUUCUGCGUGGCGUCAGUCCCACUGAGACACCGGUCACCUGUACCGCUGGCGUGGGAACCUUCAUCCUGGAGUUCGCCACACUGAGUCGACUAACGGGAGACCCGACAUUUGAGAACGUCGCCCGCCGAGCCCUGAGAGCCCUGUGGAAGACCAGAUCUGACAUCGGACUGGUGGGGAACCACAUUGACAUCGUGUCCACGAAGUGGGUCGCUCAGGAUGCUGGUAUUGGCGCGGGAGUCGACUCGUACUUCGAGUAUCUGGUCAAAGGAGCUGUUAUGCUGCAGGAUGAAGAGCUGCUCAGCAUGUUCCAGGCGUAUGAUCGAGCCAUCCAGAACUACACCCGCUUUGACGACUGGUACCUGUGGGUGCAGAUGCACAAAGGAACUGUGUCCAUGCCCAUUUUCCAGAGUCUGGAGGCCUUCUGGCCCGGCCUGCAGUCUCUGCUGGGAAACCUGGACAGUGCUGUGAGAACUUUCCAGAAUUAUUAUUCUGUGUGGAGACAGUUUGGAGGACUGCCUGAGUUUUACAGCAUCCCUCAGGGUUACACUGUGGAUAAGAGAGAGGGCUACCCACUGAGACCAGAGUUAAUCGAGAGCGCGAUGUACCUGUUCAGGGCAACAGGUGAUCACACCUAUCUCCAGCUGGGCGUCGACGCUCUGGAGUCCAUCGAGAAGAUCGCCAAGACGCCGUGUGGAUAUGCCAGCGUUAAAGACCUGCGAGAUCACCAGCUGGACAACAGGAUGGAAUCCUUCUUUCUAGCUGAAACCAUCAAGUACCUCUACCUGCUCUUUGACCCCACCCACUUUCUGCACGGCGGAGGGACGGAGGGGGACGGGUCGUGGGAGGAGGGUGGGGAGGCGGGGGAGUGUGUGUUAGGGGCAGGGGGGUUCAUCUUUAACACGGAGGCUCACCCUCUGGAUCCGGCGGCGCUGUACUGCUGCGGCCGGCACGACCAGGACCGCCAGGAGCUACAAGACAUCCUGCUCACCCUGUCGCAGCCCGGCAGCCAAUCAAAACCCCCUCCCAAACAGACAGAGGGGGGCAGCCAAUCGGAGAGCAUUGCUCUGAAACCCGGAGAGAAGAAGACGCCCCCUCUGCUGUCCUGCCCCGUUCAGCCGUUCAGCGCUCGGCUCUCCAUCCUGGGGCAAGUUUUUACCGACGACACGUGAGACUGUUCGACUUCCUCCGAGCGUCUCGCCGUGAGCGACUGAGUGAGACCCGAAUCUCAGCAGCUCAGUGAAAACAGAGUUUUGAGGUUUCCGUUUCCUAAACUGACCUUCCUACACAGAUCUGCUGGGGUUCGCUUUUUGUUGCUAUGAAGGAGCUCAGGACCAGAACUUUGCUGUGCUUUGUCGACUCAAAUGUAAUUUAAAUUAAAGAGAAAAUAUAUUUUUAUUUAAAA